CAAGAAAAUCAUCAAAACCAAUAGCAACCUUUAAGAAGUUCAACCAUUUUCUUCACCUUCUGCUGUUGAUUCUUUCAAUUACACAACAGAAACCUUAAUUAUCAGUCAUCAAACAUGCAGACUUCAUCACUUCUGAGUCAGCUAGUUGUUGGAACUUCAGUAACACAUGGUCAGCUUCAAAAGCCAGUUAACAGAUUAACUGGUCCUGCAACUCAAUGUCAAUGUUCAACUUCAACAUCAAAGCAAAUGAGACUGAGGACAAAUAUAUCUGAAACUGUGAAGAGAAAGAUAAGCUUAGGGGCUCGCAUUCUUCGAGUUGGAGGAGUCGAAAAAGUGUUUCAGCAAUUUUUUACUAUUGAAGAAGGAGAAAAGCUUUUGAAAGUUUCUCAGUGUUAUCUGUCUACCACAUCUGGUCCUCUAGCAGGUUUUCUAUUCAUCUCCACCUACAAGGUUGCCUUUUGCAGUGAGAGAACAGUGAAAGUUUUUACUCAGAAUGGUAACAUGUUGAGGAUCCGUUAUAAGGUUGUUAUUCCAUUGAAGAAGAUCAAAUCCAUGAACCAAACUGAAAAAAUGCAGAAGCCAAGACAGAAGUACAUUGAGAUUGUCACAGAAGACAACUUCGAAUUCUGGUUGAUGGGUGUCUUAAAGUAUCACAAGACUUUCCAAUAUCUUCAGGAGGCAGUUUCUCAGGCUUAACUAUACUGGCUAGCAAAAUCCAGAAUCUGAACUCAAAGAAACAAACAAAAGUUUGGCAGUUAUGAUCGAAGAUACUGAGUUUUAUGAUAAAAGAGAUUUCAGUUCAUUGUAAAUAUUCCUCUUACAUUUGACCUUCAAUCACAGUGAAUGGAUGUGGUAUGUUAGAAACCAGUGAAGGAAGAUUACAGUAUAGGAGUAGAAAUUAAAGAGAAAACACUUGAAAAAAUGGAACAAAACUGCUAGCUGCCAAAUUGUAUGAAUUUGUA